AUGUCCCAAGAACAGUUGCGCGUCCUCAUCGUAGGCAACGGCGGCCGCGAACAUGCCCUAGCAUGGAAGCUGAGUCAAUCCUCUCGGGUCGAAAUCGUCUAUGUUGCCCCCGGCAAUGGUGGGACUGGAUUGGGAGCUUCUAGAAAAAUUACAAAUGCCAACAUUAAGGGCGAUGAUUAUCCCGGUCUGGUGGCUUUUGCUCAGAAGAAUGGAGUCAAUUUGGUGGUUCCGGGACCGGAGGCCCCACUUGUGGAUGGCAUCCAAGGAUAUUUCCAAGCAGUUGGUAUUAGGUGCUUUGGCCCAUCCAAGGCUGCUGCGCGCAUGGAGGGCUCCAAGACCUUCUCUAAGGACUUCAUGAAGCGCCAUGAUAUCCCCACCGCUGCGUACGAGAAUUUCAACGAAUAUGAACCUGCUCGUCAAUACAUUGACUCCAUUUCCCAUAAUGUUGUCAUCAAGGCAGAUGGUCUGGCCGGCGGCAAGGGGGUGAUCAUUCCCCAAACAAAGGAGGAAGCCCAUCAGGCGCUCCGCGAAAUGAUGCUGGAUCGUCAGUUCGGUGAUGCAGGCAACGAGGUUGUAAUCGAAGAGUACCUCGAGGGUGACGAGCUCAGUGUUCUUUCCUUCAGUGAUGGCUACACUAUCAGGUCUCUUCCUCCUGCACAGGAUCACAAGCGUAUCUACGACGGCGACCAGGGUCCCAACACUGGCGGCAUGGGCUGCUACGCUCCCACCCCGAUCUCUUCCAAGGAAGUCCUUGAAGAGAUCGACCGCACCAUUGUGCAGCCUUCAAUCGAUGGCAUGAGGAGAGAUGGCUUUCCUUUCGUUGGUAUCCUCUUCACUGGACUGAUGAUGACGAAGAAUGGCCCUAAGGUUCUUGAAUACAACGUGAGAGGCGGAGACCCAGAGACUCAGACCCUCCUACCUCUGCUUAGUGACGACACUGAUCUGGCGGAAAUCAUGCUUGCUUGUACCGAACACUGGCUUGACGGUGUCUCGAUUAAUGUCAAGCCCGACUUCUCCACUACCGUUAUCGCCGUGGCAGGAGGAUAUCCUGGAUCGUAUGCCAAGGGCAAAGUCAUCACUCUUGAUCCAGUUCCAGAUGAUACCUUGAUCUUCCAUGCCGGAACCACACUCGUUGGUAACGAGCUCCAGACUUCUGGCGGCCGAGUCAUUGCCUCCACCGCUACCGCAUCAAGUCUUGAGGAGGCUGUCCGCAAGAGCUAUGCUGGUAUCUCCACCAUUCACUUUGAUGAUAUGUUCUACCGUAAGGACAUUGCGCACCGUGCCUUCAGGCAAAGAGAUGCCAUUGCGUCCCAGAAGGAGUCUCUCACCUAUGCCUCUGCCGGUGUUUCCAUCGACGCGGGCAAUGAUCUCGUCAACCAAAUUAAAAGCUCCGUCGCUCAGACCAAGCGUCCUGGUACAGAUGCAGUGAUUGGUGGCUUCGGAGGCCUCUUUUCUCUUGCUGCUGCCAACUCUGCUUAUCACCCCCACUCCCCCACUUUGAUUGGAGCCAUCGACGGUGUUGGAACCAAGCUCAAGAUCGCACACUCCGUGGGCAUUCAUGACACCGUAGGCAUUGACCUUGUAGCCAUGAACGUCAAUGAUCUGGUUGUCCAGGGCGCAGAGCCCCUCUUCUUCCUUGACUGCUAUUCUUGUGGUAAAUUGGAUGUCAAAACGGCGUCCGCCUUUGUCACUGGUGUUGCCAACGGUUGCGUGCAGGCAGGAUGUGCUCUCAUCGGCGGUGAAACUGCCGAAAUGCCCGGCCUCUUCAUUGACGACACCUAUGAUGCUGUGGGUGCUGCGGUGGGUGCCAUCAACACCACCGGCGGCAACGCCCGUGCUAUCCUUCCCAAGACCUCUGCCAUGCAAGAUGGGGAUGUUCUCCUUGCACUGGCUUCCUCCGGUCCUCACUCAAACGGGUACUCUCUCGUCCGGAAGAUCGUCGAACGUUCUGGAUUGAGCUAUACUGACCCGGCUCCUUUCUUGAUGCCUUUCUCCAACGAACCCCUCUCUCUUGGCCGUGCCCUCCUUACCCCAACCCGCAUCUACGUGAAACCCCUCCUCAAAGCGCUCUCUAUUCCUUCCAACAAAAAGACAACCGAUCACUUCUCGUCGGCCAUUAAGGGUCUCGCCCACAUCACUGGUGGUGGUCUGGUUGAGAAUGUGCCCCGUAUGCUGCCUCCAAUGCUGGCCGCGCACAUCAACGCCUCCUCCUGGCAACUUCCGCCGGUCUUCACCUGGCUCAAGAAAAACGGCAACGUCACAGCCACCGAGAUGGCGCGGGCCUUCAACUGCGGCGUGGGUAUGGUCAUUGCCGUUGAGAAAGAGGCUGCGGCCACUGUGAAGGAUCUUCUGCAAAAGGAGGGAGAAACCGUCUACGAGAUUGGUGAGCUGAAGACUAGGAACGAGGGCGAGGAGGGAUGUAUCCUCCAGGGGUUGGAGACAUGGGAUGCUUAG